UUCAUCCAUUAACUCUCACUGGCCAGCACUUAUGAUGUCACUCUGAGCAGCAUUCAAGAAACAAAAAGAACACUCCGCCUCUUUCCGCUGAGACCACUGUUACUGGAGCACAGUUAAUUUACAACCAGUAGAGAAGAGACAGUGCAGUGGUGCAGUCAUACUGUCCGCACAAUGAUGAACUUUACUUUGAUAACAACUUUACUCUGUACCUUCGGCUGGAUCUCUCUCUCGGUUUCUGAGUUUCACACUGUGGAGGUUCAGCCUGGUGAAGACGUCACACUGCUGUGCUCCAACUUUACCACUUUAAUGUCUCACGUAUUCUGGUUCAAACUGGACAACAGACACAACAUCAGCUGCAUCUCCUCUAUGAAGAGCUCUGAUGGCAAUGUUACAUUCUGUGAUGGAUUUCAAAGCGGAAAAUUUAACAUGACAUCCAACAGCACUACCCUCUUUCUGGAGAUCAAACAAGUGUCUGACUCCGGGCUGUAUUUCUGUGGAGAUAAAGCAGAUGGAAGGCCAGUGAUUGUCAGUGCAACACAUUUAAAGGUUCAAGAAGCAUUUGAUAGAAUAACAGGCCUGAUGAUGCUCAGUGUGAUCCUGGGUGCUCUGAUUGUCGUCCUGGUUAUAGUCAUCAUUGGUCUGGCUGUCCAAACCAGCAAGCAUCAGACAGCUGAAGAACAGAGUCCACAGUGGAGUCAGAAUCUGGACUCUGAUGACCUGAAGGAUUUAUACCCAACAACAAUAAGGAGGAGGAGGCCUGAAUCAGAGAGAGAAGAGGAGACUUGUGUUAUUUAUGCUGCCAGGAGAUAGACUGCAGCUCAUACUGGAGCUGGAGUUCUAUAUACAUAAGUGAAAUGUACUCGUAUUGCUAAGGCUCUUUGUUGCUGCCUCUCUCUCAACCCUUACCAGCCAAAGUCUCUCUUUCACUUUGUCUAAAGCAUAUUGGUGUUUGAUGGAGCACCCAUGUCUGCAGCAGUGCAGCACUGAUUGAGGUUCACAUCACUUGUGUGACAGGAAGAGACAGUACAGUGCGGUCUGGGAAUGACUGAGGUGUAAAUCACGAGGCCUGUAAGAUCAAAGCUCUGUGAGAAGCUGAAAUGAAGCAGUGAAUACUGUCUGACUUCCUUCUCUCAGAAAGACAAAAUGGUCAGCUUCUGUACAUUUGUAGAAAAGCUUUUAGUAUAGCAACUGGAUUUUUUAACUGUGACGUCAGAGUAAGUGUGUAUAAUGAUAUGUUAAAUAAAUAUUGUAAGUAA